AUUAAUUGUCAUUUAGUUCUAGAUCAUCGUUCUAAAUCCAAGCCGUAUUUCUUUUACAUUAGGUUAAAGGACUGGCAGCUAUGUUAAAGACAGAUCUAGAGAAGGGAAUCCCUGAGGUUUCUUUGGGAAGCUUGCCUAGAUAUAACCCUGAUCAUCUUGAUGAUAGCUGCAGCUGCUUCUUUGGGGCUAGGUAUAAAGACACAGGGUAUUAAGGAAGGAUGGUAUGAUGGGGGAAGCAUUGUGUUAGCAGUCACCCUUGUUAUAAUUGUUACAGCUACAAGUUAUUGUGGACAAUCCCUUCAGUUCCAAACUAUAAAUGAGGAGAAGCAGAAUAUACAUUUGGAGGUCAUUAGAGGUGGUAGCAGAGUUGUAGUUUCGUUAUUUGAUCUUCUUGUAGGUGAUGUGGUGCCUCUAAAAAUUGGUGAUCAGGUCCCUGCUGAUGGUGUUCUAAUUUCUGGUCACUCUCUUGCAAUUGAUGAAUCUAGCAUUACUAGACAGAGCAAGAUUGUUCAAAAGAGUUUGAAGGCACGACUUUUAAUGUCUGGCUGCAAAGUUGCAGAUGGUUAUGGAUUUAUGCUGGUAACAAGUGUUGGAAUAAAUACAGAUUGGGGGUUGCUAAUGGCAAGUAUGUCAGCAGAUUCUGGUGAAGAAACGCCAUUGCAGGUUUGGCCUUUUAAAUUAUCGUUAUCAUCCUUGAUUUUUUAUUUCUAUGAACGGGGUUGGCCACACAGAUUCUUUUUUCUUUUUCUUUUUCUUCACACUCUUAUAUUAUAAGCUAUUUCUAUCAUUAAAUUAAUUGUUUAAAAUAAUUUAUUUUUACUUCAUUCAAUGUUAGUUUUGGUUGACCUCCUUGUUUCUUACUGCUAUACAAACAAAUCUUCAUUUUCUCACUGGCCAUCUACUGGUUUGUGUUGAAUAUUUUUAUAGUAGCUGAAUUUACUCUCUUAUGUUCACACUAAUAGGCCAACACUUCUAAUGUCUCUCUUUCACAUUGAUUUUUAACCUCUCUCUUCUUGUUACACCUAUAUAAGAUAGCCUGUCAAAUAACUGUCCUAUAUACUUUACCUUUUCACUUUUUUGAUAUUUGUCUUGUUAAAUAUUCAACUUUUUAAAUUGUUAAGACUGGAGCUUGUCACUACACUUUAUGAAGCAUCUCUGAGUGACUGACUAGAAAUGACUAUUUGUGAAUAACUUAUGAUAGGUACGUUUAAAGAGUGUUGCAACAUAUAUUUAUAUCGUUGGACUGGUUGUAGCUUUCCUUGUUUUUGUUGUCCUCCUUGCCAGGUAAAUCGAAUCUUAUUUGAUGAGUUCCCUGUCACCUGCCUCCCCACGGAGAGGAAUAACCUUCUUCCCUCCCUCCCUCCUAUAAAGUGUUUGUUAUGUGAAGCUUAUAAAUGUGAGUCUCUGCAGAUACUUUACUGGAAAUACUAAAAAUCCAGAUGGAACUGUUCAAUUUACGAGUGGCAAGACUAAACACAGUGAUGCCAUAUAUGCUGCUAUAAAGAUUUUCACU